AUGGAUCCCGGAGGACACAAGCUAUAUGAGUGCUCGGAGUGUGAGAGAAGCUUCAUUUCAAAGUCACUUCUUACAGUUCACCAGAAGAUUCAUAAUCUGUCUGAAAAGUACGAACAAAACAAGACAAAUCUCACUGACCACCAGAGGAGUCUCACAGGAGAGAAGACAUUGAAAUGCUCAGAAUGUGACAAGUGCUUCACAACUAAGGGAAGUAUUACUCAACACCAGAGGACUCACACUGGAGAGAAGCCAUUCAGAUGUUCAGAAUGUGACAAGUGCUUCUCACAAAAGGGAUCUCUUACUGAACACCAGAGGACUCACACUGGAGAGAAGCCAUACAGAUGUUCAGAAUGUGACAAGUGCUUCACACAAAAGGGACAUCUUACUGAACACCAGAGGAUCCACACUGGAGAGAAACCAUUUAAAUGCUCAGAAUGUGACAAGCGCUUCAGACUAAAGAUAAAACUUACUAAGCACCAGAUGAUACACACGGGGGUGAAACCAUAUAGAUGUUCAGAGUGUGACAAGUGCUUCUCACGAAAGAGCAAUCUUAUUAAUCAUCAGAUGAUCCACACAGGAGAGAAACCACACUGGUGUCCAGAAUGUGACAAAUGUUUCACCACCAAAUCUCAGCUCAUUGAUCAUCAGAGGACUCACACUGGAGAGAAACCAUUUAAAUGCUCAGAAUGUGACAAGGGCUUCACACAAAAGGGACAUCUUACUGAACACCAGAGGAUUCACACUGGAGAGAAACCUUUUAAAUGUCCCGUAUGUGACAAGAGCUUUGCACGAAAGAUAAAUCUUACUGAGCACCAGAAAACCCACACACAAAGGAUCCACACUGGACAGAAACCAUAUAGAGAGUAUUCAGAGAGUGACACGUGCUUCAGACAAAAGUCUCAUCUUACUGAACACUAAAGGAGUCACUCAGGACAGAGACCAUAUAGAUGUUCAGAAUGUGACAGAAGCUUCAUUUCAAAGUCACUUCUUACAGUUCACCAGAAGAUUCAUAAUGAAGAGAAACCAUCUGAAAAGUACCACCAGAGUAACGCAGGAGAGAAGACCUUUAAAUGCUCAGAAUGUGCUCAGUGUUUCCCAAAAAAGGACAAUCUGUUUAAACACCAGAGGACUCACACUGGAGAGAAGCCAUUCAGAUGUUCAGAAUGUGACAAGUGCUUCACACAAAAGGGAUCUCUUACUCAACACCAGAGGAUCCACACUGGACAUAAAUCAUUUAGAUGUUCAGAAUGUGGAAAGUGCUUCACACAAAAAAUAAAUCUUACUCAGCACCAGAGGACUCACACUGGAGAGAAACCAUUUAGAUGCUCAGAAUGUGACAAGAGCUUCAGACUAAAGAGAAAACUUACUGAGCACCAGAUGAUACACACGGGGGCGAAACCAUAUAGAUGUUCAGAGUGCGACAUGUGCUUCUCACAAAAGAGGAAUCUUAUUGAUCAUCAGAUGAUCCACACAGGAGAGAAACCACACCGAUGUCCAGAAUGUGACAAAUGUUUCACCAAGAAAUCUCAGCUUGUUGAUCAUCAGAGGACUCACACUGGAGAGAAACCUUUUAAAUGUUCAGAAUGUGACAAGAGCUUUGCACGAAAGAUAAAUCUUACUGAGCACCAGAAAACCCAUACAGGAGAAAAGUUAUUUAAAUGUUCAGAAUGUGACAAGUGCUUUUUAAUAAAGAAAUAUCUCACUAAACACCAGAAGAUCCACACAGGAGAGAAACCAUACAGCUGUUCAGAAUGUGACAAAUGUUUCACCUCCAAAUCUCAGCUUAGGGUUCACUGGAGGACUCACACAGGAGAGAAACCAUUUCAAUGCUUAAACUGUGACAAGAGCUUCACACAAAAGAUGAAUCUUAUUCAACACCGGAAAAUCUGCAAUGAAAUAAGAAGUCACACUGGAGAGAAACCAUUUAGAUGUUCAGAAUGUGACCAGUGCUUCAUACGUGAGGAAACUCUAACUCGGCACCAGAGGAUCCACACUGGACAGAAACCAUAUAGAGAGUAUUCAGAGAGUGACACGUGCUUCAGACAAAAGUCUCAUCUUACUGAACACUAAAGGAGUCACUCAGGACAGAGACCAUAUAGAUGUUCAGAAUGUGGUGGUAAUCAAAUGAAUGCUGGCGUCACCAUGCCACAGGCAGAACAGUCAAAAAAAAUGGUGGAAGCGCGGUUGUCGUUCGAGGAGCGCAAGACCAUUUUGAAGUGGUAUUUGAAAUUCGAGAACGUCGUGGAAGUACAAUGA